ACUGGUGAGGGGGUGGGACUAGGAGGUAGUUUCUUCAGCAAAAUGGCGGUGAGCGGCGUCCGCCGGGCUGCGGCCGUGGCCCCCACAGCCGUGAAGCCCAUUUUCAGUCGGGACAUGAACGAGGCCAAACGGAGGGUGCGCGAGCUCUACCGCGCCUGGUAUCGGGAGGUGCCGCACACUGUGCACUUAUUCCAGCUAGACAUCACUGUGAAACAGGGACGGGAUAAAGUUCGAGAAAUGUUUAUGAAGAAUGCCCAUGUCACAGACCCCAGAGUGGUAGAUCUUCUGGUCAUUAAGGGAAAGAUGGAACUGGAGGAAACGAUUAAAGUGUGGAAGCAGCGGACACACGUUAUGAGGUUCUUCCAUGAAACAGAAGCACCAAGGCCAAAGGAUUUCCUGUCCAAGUUCUACAUUGGUCAUGACCCGUGAAGUCCCUCAGUGGAAAGGUGCAUGUUGAUAUUUAAUUAUUUUAGAAUACAAAUAAAUUCAUUAUAUGAUGGUCACUUUGAUAGA